UCACAUUCUCUUACCACCUAUUCCCACUUUCACCCCACAUUUUUUUCAAACCCCACUUUCCUAAAACGUGUACCACAGCUUAAUUAACUUAAUUGGUUAGUUCCACAUCACAAUCAAUUCCAACACAACACAAACACAUAAAACCCCCCCAAAAAAACUAUCACCUUCAACAUUCAAACCCUCUAUCCUAUUUCACUCUUUCACAAAAAGGCUUAGCCAUAUAAACAAGUACAAAAAAAAAAAAAACUUUUUUUUUCCUGCAUGGCUUUGAUAACUUCUCAGCCUAAAAAUCCCAUUUUCUAUAAUCACUUUACAACCCUUCAUUCUUCAAUUCCACAAUUCAAUAGGUCCAUUUUGAAUUUUGGGCCAUUCUCAAAAAAUGCAAAAAACAUAAAAAUUUGUAACUUUAACUCCAAGUCAAGAACUUUUCACUUGAAAAACAACCCCUUUAACUAUAAUCCACAAAUUUUAGCUAAAUCCAAUGCUGCAAUUGGAGAAGCUACUUUGGAGCAGCCAGAGGAAGUACCAUUGAAACAUAGAAAGAUUUUUCUAUCUAAUGUUGAAGUGAAGAGAGAAAGAGAAGUUCUUUUUGGAAGGAAAUGGAAUUCAUUGGAUAUUGGAACUUUUGGUAUUGUUUUGUCAAUGCAUUUGUUAUGCUUAUUUGCUCCAUUCAAUUUCAAUUGGGCAGCUUUUUGGGUUGCUGUGGCACUUUAUGUGAUUACUGGACUUUUUGGAAUCACACUCUCUUUUCAUAGGAAUCUUUCUCAUAGAAGUUUUAAGCUUCCUAAAUGGCUUGAAUAUUUUUGUGCUUAUUGUGGAGUUCUUGCUCUUCAGGGAAAUCCAAUAGAUUGGGUGAGUACUCAUAGGUAUCACCACCAGUUUUGUGAUUCUGAGAAGGACCCUCAUAGCCCUAUUGAAGGAUUUUGGUUUAGCCAUAUGACUUGGCUAUUUGAUACCAUUUCUAUCGCAGAAAGGUGUGGAGAACCAACCAAUGUUGGUGAUUUAGAGAAACAAUCCUUUUAUAGGUUUAUCAGAAGCACUUACAUGGUGCAUCCAUUUACUAUGGGAGUUCUUCUAUAUGCCAUAGGUGGAUUUCCUUUCCUUGUUUGGGGAAUGGGCGUGAGGGCUGUUUGGGUUUACCACAUCACUUGGUUUGUAAACUCAGCUUGCCAUGUUUGGGGGAAGCAAUCUUGGAACACAAGGGACUUAUCAAAAAAUAAUUGGUGGGUGGCUUUGCUUUCAUUUGGUGAGGGUUGGCACAAUAACCACCAUGCAUUUGAGUAUUCAGCAAGACAUGGUUUAGAGUGGUGGGAAAUAGACAUGACAUGGUACUUGGUGAAAUUUCUUCAAGCUAUUGGUUUGGCAACUGAGGUUAAAGUACCAAGUGAAAGUCAAAAGCUGAAAAUGGCAUUUAAUAAUAAUGAUGUGGUUGCCACAUGAAACACACAAUUUUUUAAGAUUGCAUAAAGAUUUUUGGUAGGCUAUUGUUCUUUUGAGACUUUUCUGAUUUCAACCAUUUUGAAUUAUGAUUGCUGGAUUUGACUAUGUAUAUUGUAAUAUAUAAUACUAAAAUCUUAUACUCCA